GUUUGCAUUGCACAGCAGCUUAUCCGGCUCCUGUAUCAUCACUUCCUUCAAAAAAGAUGCUAGAGGAGUUUAUUGCAAAAUACAAAAGUGGAGUAGUAAACCCGGUAUCUGCUUUGUAUCAGUAUGCACAAAUGCACCAUGUACCACUUGAACUGAAAGAAACGAGUGCAUCAGGUGAUAACAUAGCAACUUAUUUUGCUUUCUGUGCUGUGGUGGAUGGUGUUUGCUACAAGACUGGGCUGGGACAAACCAAAAAAGAGUCUAAAGCAAAUGCUGCUAAACUGGCUCUUGUUGAGCUACUUGACUUGGAGGGUGCAGAGACAGUGAGUUCUGCAAAGUCAGGUCCUCCCUGUAUUCCUGUUGAACCCAAAACACCAGCAAACCCUGUUAACGUUUCCAAGAUACGUUUUGAAGGAAGAUCRCUUAUAUAUCAAAAGCUUUUGCAGACGCUCAAAGGAGUCUUUAACAGCCUGACUGCCAAAUACCCGGAGUACCAGAGCUGUGGCAGUUCCCUGGCUGCCUUCAUCAUUGAAAAAGCCGGACAGCAUGAAGUUGUAGCUCUAGGAACAGGAGAAUGUAAUUACAGUCAGUGCUUUCAUCUUCGUGGGAGAGUGCUGCACGACAGCCACGCCGUGGUUAUUGCGAGGCGCGCUCUGCUCCGUGAAAAAACAAGGGCAGAGAAAUCCAUAUUUUGUGCAGUGCCAGAUUCAAAGCUGCUUGCCCUGAAGCAAAAUAUAAAUAUUUUUCUCUACAUGAAUCAGUUGCCAAAAGGAUCUGCUCAGUUAAAAUCACAGCUACACCUCAAUCCACAAUCUGUAUCUGCUUAUGAAGCCAAUGAAGAAUUGAGCCUUCAUGUUGCUGUGGAAGGCAAGAUUUACCUGACUGUUUGUUGUCCCCCUAAAAUCGUUAGUGUGAACAGCAUGUCAGCCAGUGACAAAUUAACAAAAUGGGAAGUGGUUGGCAUUCAGGGAGCCUUGCUCAGUCACUUCAUUCAACCAGUUUAUAUCAACACUAUACUCAUGGGAGAUGGAAAUUGCAAGGAUACAAGAGGACUAGAAAUAGCUAUAAAGCAACGAAUUGACGAUGCACUUUCAGCCAAGCUUCCCAUGCUUUAUCUGGUCAAUAGAUCCCAUACUUACUUGGUGAAUGCUGCUCACUCCGUUCAAAUGGACGCUGAGCAGAGGUCUCUCAGUUUGAAUUGGUCUUCAUCAGACCCAUCAUUGGAGGUUGUGGAUGGGUUAAGUGGAAAAACCAUCGGAAGUUCACCCUUCAAAAGUGGUGCUUACAUGGCAAGUCGCCUUUGCAAGGCUGCCAUGUUCAGUCGUUUCAGAUUGCUGGCCGAGGAAGCCAAACAGAGUGACUUGCUUCGGAUUGAUACGUACCAUGAAGCUAAGAUUAAAUCCGAAUCGUACCAAGAAGCUAAAAACUUGCUGAAAAGCUACUUAGAGGGGCAUAGYUACGGAUCCUGGAUUUUGAAGUCUCCAUGUAUUGAACAAUUCAGUGUCUGACCRUGAGGUUUGCCUGACUUUGAGAAAAACUAAUGGUGAUUAACUGAAAUAUUUACCUGUUGGACUCAUAUAUGUUUGCAGCAUGAAAAUCCUUCUAGAACUUCUUUUUGUCAAUUGAAAUGCACUUGUUAGACAAUGUGUAACAGUUMAGUCUUUUCACAGAGUACCUUACAGUAGCUUAGCAAGGCUUGUUUUCCCUUCUCGAUGGUCUGGUGGAGUUCUUGGCAUUUUCUUUCAUGUUAAUGUGAAGAUCCUUAUGCUUUGAUUUCCUCCCCUUUUUCUCCCCCUCCGCUCUCUAUUUUUUCACAACAAUUUAGUAUUAGGAAGAAACUCAGCAAAAACAGGGUUUCCUCCAAAGAAAGAAGUAUAUUUUAAGGUGAGAAUCACUUUCAAGAACUAAAGAUAACAAUUUCUGUUUAUCAGCAUCUGACCUUUGUUAGAAUAGUUUGGGACUUUGUUUAGCAUACAGCCAAGGAUUUAAUAGUACAUUUUAUAUUGCUUCUGUUGGAAGAGCUGGAAACUAAUCUGUUAAUGCAGAUGUGAAAUUUGGAAUUACCAUGUUUUUGCUCAGGCGUCUUGUUACAAGCAGUAUUUGUCAUAACUGUUUGAUUAUUGGUAUUUUCAAUAUGUCAAAACUGCAGAUAAUAUUUUGGCCUACUAGAGGCAUCACCCUAGCUUAAGUUACCAUAACGCAGAUAUUAGUGCUUACUGACUAGUUCAGCUCUUCCUCUCWCAAACUUAGUUCAUCAGACUGAUUAGCUCUCACAAAACUGUCUGUAUAUGUAAUGCAUCUGUAAGGUGUGACCCAUCGAGAUAGGUGGUAUUUCCUUGUAUGUUAUGGUAAUGCUUGGUAAUGUUCAAAAGGAUGUUAAGUAACAUACUGGGUUCUCUGUUAUGGUAAGGUAUUAGCACAUGUAGACCAGAUAGUAAACUUGGAUUAUGCAGCUUCAUUUAAUAUUUCAUUUAAGUGUUGGAAGUUGUUA